UAAAGACUGCGUGAAGGCUUGAUGGCAUUAAUGCGUCAUCGUGAAGCUAUAAUGAACAUUGUUACCUUAUAGUAUCAACUCUUAUCCAAUCAAAUUAGGUAAUUGUUCCCUAAAACGUUGAUUAUUAACUAUAGUUGAAAUCAAUUGUUGUCUAAAAUACUGUUAUCAAGGUGAGCGUAGAACACUUAGUUUUGGAUGUCGAAGAGCAGCGAUGGAAUGCUCUAUUUUUUUAUUACUCUUGUUUUGCUCAGUAUGUUGGAUUAAUGCGAAAAUCUCCUCAAAGUUGAGAGACGAACCUAACGAUGAGGGCAGAAAUGGUUCAGGUGCAGCAGUUGAGGAGGACGAUGAUGAUAAUGGAAAAUGGAAGAAAACUCCUGUAGCACAAUUCGUUCCAAAACGAGGUCGAGUGAGCGGUGUACAACCUGAAAGACGCCCGUUCAUGCAGAAAGUUAUACGUCAGCCUAUUCCGAUGUCACCUCAAUUUUUCCUAAUGUUUGGCUCAAACCGUCGUAAGGCUUGGUUCUCGCGUUUUGGAUGAUUGAGCAUUUGAAAUUUGAAAGUGAGAAUUUGAGCCUAACUGCUGGAUUGCAAAGUCGAGUUUCCAGUUCAUGUUGACGUUUUUUCCGAUUCUUUCCAUGUUAUCGAUAUUAAAGGUAGAAAUUUGCACAAAGAUUUAGUCCCAUCAUCAUAUGCCCUUAUAGCUGUGAAAAUAUUCCUAAAGAAAUGAAUAGUAUUAUAAUAGCGUAAUAUUUGUAUGGCGAAAGGUACUUAUGCUUGAUACGCCACUGCAUUCUCAUAGACUGUACACCACUAUUGUAUUCUCCAGUGUAGAAAUGUAAUUAGACAUUUUCAGAAAUUUUUACCUUUUGUCCACAUUAUAAAACUGGUAUAUAUAAAUUAUAUUUAAAUAUACGCCAAAAGAACAUUAUAUAAUAUUGACAUAUUUCCUAAAGGAACAUUUUAGUGUUUAAGGUAAAUAGAAGCUUUUUGAUAGACUGCUUGUCUCGUGAACAAGUCACGGUUUAAAAAUAGUCAUUUCCAGAAAUUAGUGACAAAAUGGCUGUCGCUUGUCCUCUAUUUGCAUUUCAUGAAAUAUGUUUACUAUGAAAUACAUUGAGUGAAAAUAUAACAAUUAAAAUGUGAC